GCAACUCAGGUCACAAUAUCCCUCCUCCCCGUGUCCCUCUCCCUCGUGCACAUCCCCCGCCCCCGCAUACACAACCUCACCCACCCUAUCCUCAGCCAGAUCCUGCAGCCAAAUCCCACAUUUCUCAAUAUAACAUGCAACGAAAUAGAGCUCAGUCUCUUCGCAGAGCACCACAUGUUGGCUGACUUUGACAAUAUCGCAAGGAAAGACCGUCACAAGCAGCACUCCCGCUCAACUCGCAGACUCGGCUCCUAUGAGCCAGUCGAGAUGUCAUACGAGAAGUGGAAGGUCCUCCAGAUCGACUCGCACUCUGACCAGCUUGACAACUCGGGGGCUCGUGUCCACGAGCUAUCUGCACCUCUUGCAGCGGCUGGAAUAUCCAUUCUCUACCAAUCCUCAUACAUGAGUGAUUUUAUAUUCGUGAAAGAGUCACGAUUGACCGAGGUCAUGAUACUGCUUGGAUCUGCUGGUUUUGAUUCCUACUCUUCUGACCCCAACCUACUCACCUCAAGAGUAGUCUCCCCUCUCCUUUCCCCUACAUCCAUGGACGACUCGUCUGUGGUCGAGUUAUGCCCAGACUUUACAUCGGACGGUGGAGCCGUCUUGACUCGCACACGAAGCAGUACAGAUGCCUCAAUUUCUACAAUAGCAUCUGCCCUGCUAAUUAACCCACAAGUUACUCCUGAGCAUAGUCCAAUUUCCCCUCGACCCUCAUCUCGUACAAAAUCUCACUCCCCGACAUCUAGCGAAGUAAAUAUCUUAUCUCCUAACCUUGCCUGUGUCGGUCUUUCAGACGACAGUGUCGAUACCUGGGGGCUUAAACUUAUCAAGCUGGUUGCUUUCCCUGACCUUAUACCUUUGCCGCAUAAAAUGCCCACCACAAGUCUAACUCGAGGUCCUUUUUCCAGUAGAGGCAGGUGUCCCUCAGACCUUCAAAAUAAAAUUCACACUGGAGACCAAACUUCAGCCCCUCCACUAUAUGGGGUAGUGGAUUUUCCCUCUUCCUCAUCAGAUUCGUCAGACUCAAGCGAAGAAGAAGGCUAUUUUUCGCACUCCCCCAGGCGUAACCGCUCAUCUUCUUCCCUUAUUUCUUCUGCGGCUUCACGUUCUUACCCGGAUCUCGCAAAAUCUGCGCCUUCAUGUGAUUCUUCCUUCAAGCACCCUGCAAAGCACCUCAUCUCUCCUAUCGGCGCUCCCUCUUCUCUGAAUUCACCAUCGGCUUCUCGGCGGCCUGCUUUUCUUCGCUCAGAAACAUCAAGAAGUCAUACCACCGUGAGGCAUUCUCGAAACGGCAAUCGCAUGAGUGUGCCCUUCUUUAGCUUCACGCGAACACCAGAGGGCUCCUCCCUGACCACAGACGUUUCACUGCUUGCCGCACUGUUUCCUCCGGCCGAACGGCACAUGGUGAUAUGCGGCGGCGAACUUGAUGCUCUGGAUGCUCAUUCCAGCUCAGACUCCGAGGACGACGAGGAAAGCGAUUCUGAGAGCAGUACACUCAAGUGUUUGCAAAUUGAUCUUCGACGUUUUGGUCUAGAUAAGCAUGGCCUCGUGAACCGCUUCUCCCGUGUUCUCGAACAAAAUGGCAUCAACCACAUGUAUAGCUCCACGUUCAAAACAGCUAACCUGCUGGUCGACAAGGUGGAUGCGAGCCGCGCACAGGCUCUACUGCGAUCCUGCUGAAAGUCCCAGACACGACCCUUCUUUCCCCAUUCGGUCUUGGCGUUCCCCCCUUCAUUCUAUGCGUCCCUUAUUCUCAUGCAUCUGUGGCCCAUCUUUCAAAAAUAUUGGCUGUAAAACACAUCGAUUUUCAUCGCGUCUAUAUUAUAUUAGCAGACUCCUAUCUAGAAGAUAUAUGUAUGUGUCUGGAUUUCAUGCUACAGUACCCACGCGCAAUACCCCUACUUCUAUAUUAUAACGGCGGCGCCGCCAGUGUACGAUCAUCUAGUUCUCAUUAAAUUGAUUUCCCCUACCAUGUGUUCACGCUUUCGUCACCCUACUAUUCUUUUCGGUCUCCUCAUUCUUCCUUUCAUUCUUCGGCAUUACGCAACGCGCCAUACCCUGACUUUAUUACUCAUGCGUACUCUAUUCAC